ACCCCAAGAAAGCCUUGGGUGUCCAACGCGUGUGUUGUCAUUUGCAAACGCGCACCUUUUUUUUACGCACGGGUGGCACAUUUUACGCGCAGAGUGGGAGGGUGCGUGUUAUAAAAAAAAUAGUCACACGGGACCGGAGUGUGAAUGGAAUGCAGACUGCGUGUCUGUGUGCGGGCUUUGAGCCACGCGCGUGUCCAGGUACAGCAAGGGUCUUCAUGAGGUUUUUUUUCCUUUUCUCCUCCGCGCAGGUUUCUCAAGCGUGGGAAAGGAUGCCGGCGAUUGUAAGCAAAAACUCAGACAUGGAGUUCGACUCUUUACAACCGUGCUUCUACCCGGAUGAGGACGACUUCUACUUCUGUGGUCCCGACUCGGCGCCACCGGGGGAGGACAUCUGGAAGAAAUUCGAAUUGCUGCCCACUCCGCCCCUUUCCCCGAGCCGCGCCGCUCUACCUGGGGAGCCGGCGGCAGCCUCCCCGGAGGCGGACCUCCUGGGCUUCGGCUUGGGGGACCCACUGGACUGGGCUUCGGAGCUGCUCCUCCUGCCCGAAGACGACAUCUGGGGGGCAUCAGACGAUAUGGAUCUGUUCGGUUCCGCUUUGGAUACAAACCCAAACAGCAUCAUCCUCCAGGACUGUAUGUGGAGUGGAUUCUCGGCCAGAGAGAAGCUGGAGAGGGCGGUCACGGAGAAACUCGGGAAGGCUAUUACGAGUGCCGCGGUGGUCGCGGCGGUGGCUCCGGCGGCUUCGGUUCCCUCCACCGGGAGGCGGGACGUGUGCGUAAAAGCGCCCGAGGUGGUGAGCCGCAGCGCGGCGUCGGAAUGCGUGGACCCGGCGGUGGUGUUCCCCUUCCCCGUGAACAAGAGCGGCGGCGGCGGCGUGGGGGACUCGAGCGUCAGCGCUCCCGCGACGCACGGGAGCGCCCACAGCGACUCGGAAGAAGAGGACGAGGAAGAGGAUGACGACGAAGAGGAGGAGGAGGAAGAUGAUGAUGAAGAUGAGGAGGAGGAGGAGGAAGAGGAAGAGGAGGAGAUCGACGUGGUCACCGUAGAAAAGAGGCGUUCCACAAUCAGCAAAGCCGCCGUGGCGUCCAGAAGUCAAGACCAGAGGGGGUCCGGCGGCGUCGCCGGAUCGGGCUCGGCGGGUCGCUUCGUCAGCCGAGCCCCCCAGGAGCUCAUCCUGAAGAGAAGCUCGGUGCACCAGCAGCAACACAACUACGCCGCGCCCUCGCCGUACACGUCGGACGACGACCCGGCGCCGCCUCCCAAGAAACAGAGGACGUCGGACGUGGCGAAAGCCCCGACGCGAACCGCCUCCUUGUCCUGCGCGUCGGGCCCGCGCGGCAAGCGCAGCUCCAGCGGCGACAGCAGCCCCAGGGGGGGCUCCGACUCGGAGGACAGCGAGCGCCGGCGCAACCACAACAUCCUGGAGCGCCAGCGCCGCAACGACCUGCGCUCUAGCUUCCUGACGCUACGCGACCACGUACCCGAGCUAGCAUACAACGAGAAGGCGGCUAAGGUGUUGAUCCUCAAGAAGGCCACCGAGUACGUCAGCUCCCUGGAUAGGGAGGAACGGCGGCUCCAGCUGGAGAAGGACAGGCUGCAGGCCCGCCGGCAGCAGCUGAUGCGCAGGCUGGAGCUGGCGAGGACUCGCUGACGCGCCGCCAGCGCCCGUCGACGCCCAGAACACUCACAUACCUUCCCCCCCCCGGGAUGCCGCCGCAACCUGCGCCGAAAACAGCCUCAAUCCACACCCAGUCUAGAUGGGUAACCUUUGGAGUUGGCCUUGACACUUAAGCACAGACACGCAGGCCCACCCCCCUCCCCUCCACCCCAACAACCCCCCCCCCCCCCCCCGCCCCCACAUGUACACAAACGUCUCGGAAGGGGGCGGAUGCUUAUUUGGAGGGACGUCGGGACUUUCACUGCCGCCACUUUUUUUGCACAUUUGUUGACGUUAAGAAUGUUUAGGGUUUACUUUUUCAAUCCAGUCACAUUGAGGAACGAUAAAGAAUGAGGAAAUAGAGGCUUUUUUUUAUAUCAAGUUUUGGUAUUAUUUGUAUUGUAUGCAUUGUUGGUUUAUUUUUUAUUUUUUUCUACUCACUGUGACACCAGCCUGGAAUCAAGUGGAUUCCUACCGGGAGCGGUGUUGGAGGGCACUUUGCUCAGAGUGCUCGACUCAACUAAGGAGUCACGCACAACUCUAACUUUGCCUUCACAACUGCAAAAGCGGACAACUUUAUACAACAUUGAAAAACAAAGACUCUAUGGACACAAGCGAUGAUGCCACUACAGGUUUUUCUCUCACUCCUCCAUCACACUGGUGCUCCAACCAAGUCAAAAUGGAUGUAUACCUGUGCACCUUUCUAGCCGACACUUUUGUAUAUACAGUGCAUAGAAAGUCUACACACCCCUGUUCAACUGCCAGGUUUUGGUAAAAACGAAAGAGGGCAAGAAUAAAUCUUUCAACUGUUUUUUUUUUACACUAUUAAUGUGCUCUACUGUAUAACCUGUACAACAACAAAUGAGCGGUUAAGUCAAAUGGGAGAGGUUUGCAUAAGUGCGCACACCCUCUUGGAAGUGAGAAAGUGGCUGUGUUCAGAACUCAUCAGAUUUUAACUCGGGGGGGAAAAUGGGAGUUUAAAGUGCUUCUGAUGAUCCCUAAAUCAAGCGGACAUUUUGGAAGUCACAUUCGAGAGCAAAGGGUUCACAGAGAGCUUCCACAGCAUUAGAGGGAUCUCACUGUUCAAAGGCAUCAGUUACGAGAAGAGUACAAAAGAAUUUCCAAGUCUUUUAAAAAUACACUAUAGAUGCUCUGAUACUACCAAGAGCAGAAUAUCUGUCCAAAAUAGUUAAAAAGAUGACAAGAAAACUGGGCAUGGAGGCUGCUAAAAAGCCAACGGUAAUGUUUAAAAUUUUGCAAGAAACUCUGACAUGUACCGGCUGUUUGGUGUACGUGACAACAAUCUCCUGUCUUCAAAAUCAUCCAAAGCUUGGCAACACUUUGAAAAAUCACAUUUGAAAUCUAAGCCUGUCGGGAAAUGUGUUGUGGUUGGAUGACGCUAAGGUUUUUUUUGGAGCCUAAGUGAAAAUGGAGGGAAUUAUGAACAGUUCUAAAUGAAAGGUGGCGAUUUAAAAUAAGAUGGAUAUGAAGAUUCAUAUCUUCAGAUUCACCCCUCAAGAGUCAUCUCCAGCGGCCAAAAGCAGAAAUCCGAAUCCACACAAGCGUGGCUGAGUCCGGUUUUAAAAUGGCCAAUGCAGAGUCCGGAUGUGAAACAGGUGGAACUGUCGGGGUGAUCUGAAGAGUUCUGCGCACCGUUAUGGGAUCUGAGUUUGAGGGUGUGCACAUUUAUGCAACUAGCUUUUUGAACAAUUUUUCUUUUCCCGAUGGAGAUGUCCAUGUUAUAGACUACGUUUAUAAUGGAAAAUGUUUUGAAAUGACUUAUUGUCACAUUUCUUUAUGUCGCAAAAAUGUUGCCUUUGAACAGGGGUGCCGACUUUUUUUUUUUUCUUUAUUUGCCGUCACAACAGUGUACAGACAAAAUACACUCAGAUCUGCCUUGUUUUGGAAUACAUUUUGUCCUCUUUUUUAAUUUUUUGUGUUUUUAUAAAUCUAUACACAUCAGGAAGAUGCCAAUAAUAACUGGACUGGAAGUUUAUAUACAAUUUUUAAAAAGUACUGUAAGGUUUCAAUUUUUUAGAGUCACGAACUUUGUAAUAUAACGAUAUUUUGCUUUCGCCCCCCCCCCCCGCCCUCCUCUCUCUUUUUUUUUCUCUUUGUACCGUAUCGUUUUACUAAUUCUACACACCUUUACGCUUUUUAGUGUGAACCUGAUACAUACUAAAUUUGAUACUUAUAUUUUCGUAUGAAAAUGAGUUCUCGGUAGAUAUCACUUAUCUUCUUUCAUCUUCGAUCUCAAACUUUUGUACAGCAAAUGUGUUCUAUCCUCAUGUACUUUUUUUUAAAAUCCUUUCCCUUCCUCUCCCUUUUGCUUAUAUUUGUAACUAUCGGGUGAAUAGAACUGGGAAUCUGGAUGAGAUGGGUUUUUUUGUUUUCCCCCCCUCCCUCCCGAUUUUUAAAAAUGUACAUUUAUUAGUGCUGCAACUCAUAGCACUUUGAAAUACCUCAUUUUGACAAAUAAAUAGACAUCAUUAAACCGG